UGCCAUGAUAUGUAUUCAGUAAGUAACUUGUUCAUUGGAUUGACAAUCUAUUGCGUACAAAGUUUAAAUAUUACCAUCUAGCUUUUGAUCUGCGUAACAACUAAAAACUCGUAUAUCGUUCGCUGUAUUCCCCGUAAACGUUGGAAAUUAAUAAACACAAUGUUUGCGAUAUCAUAUGCAUACAUGUAAAUCCACAGACUCCGGCUAAGGCUAAACAGUAAUUAUGGCGGCCGGCCCCAUUGCAGAACGUAAUCAAGAUGCUACAAUAUAUGUGGGUGGUUUGGAUGACAAAGUUACGGAGUCCCUUAUGUGGGAACUAUUUGUACAAUCAGGACCAGUGGUUAAUGUCCAUAUGCCUAAGGACAGGGUGACACAAAUGCAUCAGGGCUACGGAUUUGUCGAAUUCAUGGGAGAAGAAGAUGCAGACUAUGCUAUUAAAAUAAUGAAUAUGAUAAAACUGUAUGGGAAACCAAUAAGGGUGAAUAAAGCAAGUGCUCAUCAAAAGAACCUGGAUGUUGGAGCUAACAUUUUCAUUGGAAAUCUUGAUCCAGAAGUAGACGAGAAAUUAUUGUACGAUACUUUCAGUGCGUUUGGCGUAAUUCUUCAAACACCAAAGAUAAUGAGAGAUCCUGAAACAGGAAAUUCAAAAGGUUUUGCAUUUAUAAACUUCGCCUCGUUCGAUGCAUCCGAUGCAAGUAUAGAAGCGAUGAACGGGCAAUACUUGUGCAACAGGCCUAUUUCUGUAUCGUACGCUUUCAAACGUGAUGCUAAAGGAGAAAGGCACGGCAGUGCAGCCGAAAGAUUGCUAGCCGCACAGAAUCCACUGAGCCAAGCGGAUAGGCCUCAUCAAUUGUUCGCUGACGCUCCUCCGCUAGCGCCACCUCCAAUGCCAAAUUCAAAUCCGGCGUCUCAUCAGCCUACUCAUCAUCCUCAACAUCACGUGAUGCAUCACGGAAUGGUGGUUCCACCACCGCCGCCACCGUCAACGCCUGGACCACCAAUGGGUCAUCCUCCUCCACCUCCUGUUCCUCCUCCGCCAUCGAGUGGAUUUCCUCCGUCGAGUAUUCCUCCGCCUCCGUUGCCACCUAUGUCGAUGGCAGCUCAUCCUCCUUUACCACCCGGUAUGCCACCUCCGUUACCACCUAUGCCUGUUCCAACGUCUCAAGCUCAAGGGACACCAAGGAUGAUGGCGCCGCCACCUCACUGGAGCGUCGGUGGCCCGCCACAAGGCCAAUUUCCACCUCCCCCGCCUCCCUCUUCCACCGGAGCACCACCUCCUCAGUUUGGGCAAUUUCAACCUCCGCCACCGCGUCCUCCACCUGGCUGGAGACAUCCACCUCCUCCCCCUGUAUCUCAAGGAGGACCACCACCACCUCCGCCGCCACCGCCACAAUUUCGACCACCAUUCCCACCGAGAGGCCCACCUCCGCCACCACCACCCCACGAUACGAAUCAAUAUUAAGAUUACUGUUUGUCUCAGUUUCCGACGUGUUCCUUAAGACUUGUCGAAACGUAACGUAAGGAUUUUUACUAUGUUCACGAUGUUCAAUCUGACUGAAGGUAUAGACUGUACAAAGGUGUAUUUCGUACAAGAAUUUCAUAAUAAA